GGAUGAACGUCUCCAGAGAGAGGAGAUUGAAGGCGGCUCUCAGCGACCUGCUCUGGGCAUUGGCACAGCCAUGAAUCUCCGUGGGCUCUUCCAGGACUUCAAUCCCAGCAAGUUCCUGAUCUAUGCCUGCCUGCUCCUGUUCUCUGUUUUACUUUCUCUGCGUCUGGAUGGAAUUAUCCAGUGGAGUUAUUGGGCAGUCUUUACACCUGUCUGGCUAUGGAAACUCACAGUCAUCAUUGGAGCUUCAGUGGGAACGGGAGUGUGGGCACGGAAUCCGCAGUACAGGGCUGAAGGAGAAACUUGUGUGGAAUUUAAAGCAAUGCUAAUAGCUGUGGGAAUCCACCUUUUGCUGUUGAUGUUUGAAGUUCUGGUGUGUGACCGGAUUGAACGAGGCACUCACUUCUGGCUGCUUGUCUUCAUGCCCCUGUUCUUUGUAUCUCCGGUGUCAGUAGCUGCUUGUGUGUGGGGAUUUCGACAUGAUCGGUCUUUGGAGUUAGAAAUCCUGUGCUCUGUGAACAUUCUUCAGUUCAUAUUCAUUGCACUAAGACUGGAUGAAAUCAUCAAGUGGCCUUGGCUGGUCGUCUGUGUCCCUUUGUGGAUCCUGAUGUCAUUUCUCUGCCUCGUGGUGCUGUACUACAUUGUGUGGUCGGUACUUUUCUUGCGGUCUAUGGACGUGAUAGCCGAACAAAGGCGGACCCAUGUUACCAUGGCCAUCAGUUGGAUGACCAUUGUUGUUCCGCUUUUGACCUUUGAGAUUCUUUUGGUUCACAAACUGGAUGGCCACAAUAAUUUUUCUUAUAUUCCAAUUUUCAUCCCCCUGUGGCUGUCUUUGAUAACAUUAAUGGCAACCACAUUUGGUCAGAAAGGAGGUAAUCACUGGUGGUUUGGAAUCCGCAAAGACUUCUGCCAGUUCCUUCUGGAGAUCUUUCCUUUCUUGAGAGAAUAUGGAAACAUUUCAUAUGAACUUCAUCAUGAUGAUAGCGAGGACUCUGAGGAAAUGCCUGUACCAGAACCUGCCAAAAUAGCCCCAAUGUUCCAUAAGAAGACUGGAGUUGUAAUCACCCAGAGCCCUGGGAAGUACUUUGUUCCUCCUCAAAAGCUCAACAUUGACAUGCCUGAUUAAGAUUGGAGAUAGUAAUAGACUUGGGAAUGAAACAGUACUGUCUGGAUAUGGUACACUUAUGACAUACAUGCACUAGCUCUUGUACAAAUGGGACUUGAUCUGGCACAUGGAACCCAGCUGUCAAUAAUGUAAAAUUGAGUCUAUAUAAUUGGUCUCUGUUUGCUAUGAUCUUUUUUGUAGUUUAAGGGUGAACAGAGCUGCUGUGCCUACAGCUUUAACAAAGGUUACACCCAGGGGGAAGAAAAGUAAGGUGCUGGUAUUUUGUUCCUACAUUGACAAUGCACUGAUGUUGAAAAAGACACUGUGCUGAAUUCAGUCUUUAAUAUAACCUAAGCCUGUUAAUUCCAAGAUUUGCAUACAAAACUUAAAUUCAAUAGUCUGAUUUAUGAUGUUAAUAAAACUGCAAAUUGGGAAUUUAAUGGUCAAAGAAAUUUGAAUGAACAGUGACAUAGAAUUGACCAAUUUUGAAUUGAGGGGAGUAAACUGCACUUAGGUGCUGCUUUAUGUGUAUCAUAACGAUUAAAAGAUCAGCACAAUGUUGGUGGAGAUAGCUGAAAUUACACUAUCCAUCUACUGCAGUGACAAUUGAGAACAAUAAUUAUGAUUCUUCAGAAGUGAGGAACUAGAACUAUUUUUUCACCCUUCUGUUCCUCCCACCCCAGGUGAAUUGUCUGUUUUUAUAAAUACAUGAUUGGUGAAGGCUUGUACAUUCUUUAUUCAACAUGCAGUCUUUUUACACAUUUAAUUGAAGUUUUGUUUUGAUGGCUGCACUUAUAUGCACAUCUUGGACAAGACAUGGUAGAUCCAGAAACAGUUUUUCUCUCCUGUUCAUCUUGGUUUGAAGGGAUCCUCUUUGUUGUGCUAGGAACUGAUAUAAAACAUAUUCAGACCUAUUUAUCACAGCUCUCCCACAGAAGGAUAAUAAUUAAAAUAUUAUAAACCUGGACUUGUUUAUUUAGAGACCUUCAUUGUACUUGGAUUUCUAAAUGUUUGCAACGAUUUGUGGUAUGCUAACUUCCCUCAACAAAAUUUUACAAGAAUCCUGAGAAGAGGACAAAGAAAACUUCUUGUGUACCUAGAGACAACAAUAUAUUUGCUCUGUGUGCCUGAUGCAUUGCAUUGUUCUUAGUCUUAUUCCUAACAAAGACAUGGAGUGCAAUAAUAUAUAUUGACUAGAAAGUAAAUGUAACUUUUUAAAUGCAUGAACAGAAAUUUGAAUUACUUUUUAAAAUAGGUUGCCUCAUGCUAUUGGCUGUUUAGCCAGUUUAACUCCAGUUAAAAGCAUAUCUGCUUUUUGAAUAACCUAAGUACCCAUUAAAUUAAGACCUUCCCUUGUCAAAUAACAUUUGGCUGUGGAUAGGUGUUGGAUGCAAUGUGAAAGACUGCUGUAAUGUAUCAAUGCCCUCCCCUAGUUCUAAUGGCUGUGUGUUCUUUGAAUGGUGAUCGAGGUGUCUGCUUGCUGAGAUCUUUAAACAGAAAUUGGGUUAUGGCUGUAUUAAAGCAUCACUGACAAUGGUAUUAUUAUAGGGUUUGAGAUGUUUCCAUGUGCUCCUGAGAAUAGAUAAUGUCCCUGUAGCUUCGGAGGUGGAGGAAUGUGAUGAGUCCCUUUAACAAUGCAUCAGAAAUUAAGAACACUGUAAAAGUGUCUGUUCUCAUUAUUUUAUAUGUCUACGUUAUUUGAAAUUUGCGUGUUGUGUUUUUACUAUGUAAUAUAGCUCCUUGAGCCUGCACUGGCAUUCAGUGAAAUCAUGGCUAUGUUUUUGUUUGCUGCUUUAAUUUACAUUAUACAACUGAGGUUCAUAAAGUGGCCCGACUUUCUAUUUAACACUGAAAUUAAUUGUUUUAUAUCAUUUUAAAACAGUCUUAAGUGCUUCAAUCAGUAGUGUUGAUCUCUGCCCAGGACAGAAGUCAGCUUUGCAAAGUACUUGCCCUAUUAUGUUAUGAUCCUGCUGCAAAAUUGCAGCAUGAAUGGGAAAGGUAAAUUCCAUGUAAUGUAGGUAAAACCCUAUUAAAGUUUCUUCAGCUUGUGCCAGCAGUAUCUGAAGCUUUUCUCUUGAAUGGUUCAUAGCUGUGCAUUGUAUUUAGGCAAAGCUAAAUGUAACUUGUAUUAAGUUGAAUCAAUCUGGCUAAUUCUUAUCAUAAUUUACCAUCUAAACAGUUAACACUCAAAUAACUGAUGCUUCUUCCUAAUCGAUCCAAACCAUCCGAUUAUGAUAGAAGGAAGAUACUUCAGAAGCUGAUAAACUUAGAACAAAAUACUGAAAGUACUCAGCAGGUCAGGCAGAAUCUGUGGAGAGAGAAACAGAGUUAUUGUUUCAAGUUUUACCUAUCACACGUUGCUGCCUGACCUCCAUAAGAUGAUUAGUUUGAUCAGAAGCAAAGUAUUACCACAUCUGUGGCAACUGCAGACUGCUUUAGAUUAGCAUUCACUGUACUUUCCACAUCAUGUUAAAUGUCUACUGGUUUCAAAGGUAGUUUUUGAGCACGUUAAGAUAUGCGUUUUGGGAUUCUAUUCCUUGCCAAUAACAUCUUAUCACUAAAAUCUAACUUAUUAUUUGAUAUAAUUUGAAAGUCUGUCCCUUUUGUGUUUUUCCUUCCGAUUUAAUUGUUUCAUGUGUGUAGCCAAUAUUACUGCCUUCAUGUUACUGCAGUUGAUAAAAUUCAAAUUUUCAAGAAGUUGCGAGCUAGUCUCAGUAAUGGUGAUCAUGAAACUAUCAUUGUAGUAAAAACCCAUCUAAUGUUCACUCAUUUCCUUUAUGGGGAGAAAACCUGUCAUUCAUAUCUGGUCUGGCAGACGUGUAAUUUCAGAUCCACAGCACUGUGAUUUGAGUCUUAAUUGUCCCCUCAAAUGGUGCAGCAGGCCACUCAGUUCAAGGGUGAAUUAGGUAUGGUAAACAAAUGCUUGGCUUGCCAGUGAUAACUACAUCCCAUGUACAAAUAAAAAUAAUUGCAACCCUAAUGGGACUGUUGUCAAUCUGUUUUGGAAGUUACCAGAUCUUCAGCUGACUGACUGACUAGCAGUAAGACGGUAAAGUGGGUGGCUUUAACUGUUGUUGAGGAAGGCUAUGUUCCACCAGGUUACCGUGUAGGCAUUGGAGUUGACGGUUAUCCCUAUGCAUUUUGAGCUGUGAUUUAUCAGUCACUGAAGGGAAUGAUUAUCUUUUGUGACAGUGUGAAGUGAUUAUUUCUGUACGCAGGGUCCAGUGCCCUUUGGGGUGUCGCUUCUAGUAGUGAUGUUGAUCUCAACUAUUCUUUAAUUUUAUGAUACAUCUUAAAUUGGUCAUUUGCAGACAGUGUUUCAAACUGAGUUACUGCUGCUGUUAUAUUGAAGUUUCAUUUUUUUCCCUUAAAUGUAAAUAAUUGUUUUAAAACAAAUUGCAAUAAUUGACAAGCCACUUACACCUAGAAUAACAAUCCUGAGUACCUUUUAAAAAUCAAAAUAUAUGAAAGUCUCCCAAAUAAUUGCUCAUCUUGAAUAAAUUGUUACUAAUUUUUUUAUGGAUGUUCUGUAAAUUGUUCUUUAACCAAUGCAGUGAAGGAAGGGUGGGAACGGAGGUGUUGGUUUUUGCGAGCGCAUGAGAGAGAGAGAGAGAGUGCGUGAGUAGGGUAAUGUACUUAAUAUAUUAUGCUACACGGAGUGGUUGUGUAAACGGGUAUGACAUUUUAAGUGUUUCAGACCUAAAGAUCUUUAAGCUUUAGCAGCACAAGUUUGUAUUGAUCAAGGAGGAGAGUGCGAAGCAGAAACUCUCAGCAGGCCUGAGAAGAAGUGCAAUCAUUUGGUGUAGAAUAGCAAUUGUCUACUAUUGGACCAAACCACAAUUGACAUUUUUCAUGUAAUAAUAUUUGUGUAAUAUCUGUAAAUGUGUAUUGUGUACAUGCUG